UUUAUUCUCUCAAGGUUGCUCUCAAGGUCUCACGGUCUGUUCACGAUGGCUCGUGCAUCGCACAGAAGUGGGCCCCUAAAGCAACAGAAUAAGAAGCAUAAGGGGACUAAGAAACAAACAAAUAGAAGUGAAAAGUCACGAUGCAUGAAGAAGAGUAAUAAGAUAUUGAACAAAAAUCAACGCCGUCUGCGUUCCAAGCAGCUACGCAUACAGAAAAAGCUAGAAAUGAAAAAAUUUGAGGCAACACGUGGAACUCGGGAAAAUCCCAUAGUUUGUGUUUUAAUUCCUUUAUCUUCUUCAGUACCUACACAUUUGGCUCAACUCUUAUUUCAAACAUGUGAGCCAAAGAUUGAGAUUUUAAAAGGACCAGAAUUCUGUCUGCAAAAUACAGUCACUUUCCGCUCACAAGUUCUAAACAAAUACUUCAGCCUUAUAUGUGCGCGCAACGAUGAUCUUUUCGGAUGUCUUGAUCUUGCUCAGUUUGCAGACUGGCUUAUUCUAAUAGUCCCAAGUGAUCCUUCAGAGAUCCCUGAUUCCGUACACGAAAUGCUCAUUGCAAUAUAUGCUCAAGGUUUUACAAAUGCAUCAUAUGCAGUUCUUUCCUCUACUUCUAAUUUGAAAGAGUUGAAACAAGUUUUAGAGUGCAGGUUUCCUGUCCCAGAAUCUACAAUUCAUCAACUUAAUUCAAGCUCCAAUGCACUUCAUCUUCUACGGCAUAUCGCGUCAACCAAUCCAUCAAGCUUACAUGUAAAAACAAAGAAUGCAAAAGUAGCUGGACAGUCUGUAGUAACACAUACGGGAGCACGCUACCGAUCACGCUUACUUGUUGAUUCCAUUGAGUUAGCUGCUGAAAAUAAGGUAGACGGGGGAAAUGCUAAAUCUGAGGUAGCAGUAUGUCUUCGUGGUCGCCUUCUUGGAGCGCCAUUAUUUUUGUUUGAGGAACUGGAUCAAGAUGGUUCUCAUCCUGUUGGUCCCAGUGUGCAUUUAACUGGUUGGGGUGACUUUCCUCUGAUAGCAGCUAAGUGGGUUGACUCCGGUCAUUUACAGCAAACCUGGAAACUCUCCGACUUGACAAAUGUUAAAAAUUUGGCAGCAGAAAAAGAGGUUUUGAAUUCGGCACUCAAUAUUAUCAAUGGUAAACCGAAAUUUAGAUAUUUGCAUGUCCCAUAG